CUGGGCUCCCGUGGAAUGAAUGCACGGGGGAAUCCGUCGUCAGGCCAUCGGACGGCCCGGUCUGCUGCUGCUGCUGCUGCUGCUGAAGCAGCGAGCGUACCAGACUUUCGAGCUGCUGAAUGCGAUCGCCAACACUGACUUUGUUCUUGCGGGAUGGGUCCGAUCGGUAGGUACAAGAGAACCCGAUGCCCCGGUUGGUACAAGUCUUGCAUGGCAACUGGCGAUCGCAUCGGACCUUGCGACUACGGCAAAAGGUGCAUGACAGCAGGGGCUUCUCGCGCCGCCGGUCUCGCAGGCGCAGAGAUACAUCUGCAGCCGUCGCGUCGAGUUGCUGGGCUGGCGGUUUCAUCGAGCCAGGAUCGGCCGAUGGUGGAUCCAUCGUGACGACGGUGACGCAGGAGGAAUAGUUGGCUUAGGUCAGACGGGAUAGCCGCAAAUCUCUGAUCUUAUGGAUUGCAGGAUCGGAUGGUGGCAAGGCGCACCGGGGGGGGUUGACGAAGGAGUCGACGGAGGAGUCGACGGAGCAAUUCGCGGGGGAACGAGAGACGGAGG